AUGGAAGUCGACAACAUUAACAACAACAAUACACAUCGCGGAUCUGCUACUCAGCCGCACGGCAACAAUUCUGCACUCCCCUCCGCUAUCAAAGACGAAGCGGACAAUGGCGACACCUUCGCGGGAGGCGAUAGCGACAGCGAUCCUGAAAUUGGUUACAAACCUCGCCCUCAGCUGCCGCAACCCAACGUCAACAUGCGAAGCUUGGCGAAUCUGAUAAAGGAACUUGUGAGCGGCGUCAUCGAUGUUGACCCGGAAUACCAACGUGAGGUUGUUUGGACAGUCGAGCGGAUGACAGAGACACCGCAGCUCGCUAAAUUCUGCAUAGAAAAUUACUAUAUCCCGCCCAUCAUUCUGAAUAAGAAGCAGAAUGCUGGCAUGGACAGCAGUAUAUCAUGCGACACUCUCGUUUGUGUGGAUGGGAAGCAACGUCUCGCUUCUAUCAGGGCAUUCGUAAAAGGCAAGAUCCCUUGCCACGACCACAAAGGAGAGAAAUGGUGGUUCUGCAAGGCUCCUGGUACUAAUCACAAAAGAGUGCUUUCUUUGGAAAGCCAAAAGAUGUUCUUGGAAAAAGAUUUUGUCGCAUUUCAAUUCACAGAGCUCAGCCCGGAACAGGAAGAAGAUCUUUUCGCCAGAGUCCAGAUGGGUGUGCAACUCACUGUGGCCGAGAAGAUGCGCGCGAAGCAAGGCCCAUGGCAAGAAUUAGCGAAGCUUUUCGUUGAAGACUUUCCAGCUAUUUACAACUUGAUGAAAGACCGAGCGCGAGCAAAAGACUUUCAACUCACCCUAGCCUGUUUCAGCCAAAUCGUUGAAGUCAAGCAUCCAACUACCGCGAAUGGUGUACCGAUCCUCAAGACAAACUACAGCGCACUACCAAAGCUAUUGAGCAACACCGGCGUUGUAGAUGAUGCUAUCAAAUCACAUCUUGCGAGUGUCUGGACUACUUUCAAGGAACUUAUAGAGAGAGACUCUGACAUUUUCACGAAUGCUGACAAGCAUCUAAGUGGCGUGCAAACCUUUGCACCCGUCGAAAUGGUAGCAGUGACCGUCCUUAUCUCGAUGUACUCGGAAACAAGUAAUAACGAACUGCUGAUCAGAGAUAUCAAAGCUCUUCGAGAAGCGCUUCGUGAGCACUUCAAGGAUCUUCGCUUACACACGACGGUUUGGAAGUUUGUCUGGGACUUCAUCGAAAACUUAGAGGCAAUUCGAGGUGCGGUGGACGGCACUACAAUAACGAGCAUCGAUAUGGGGAAGUCUUUCGACCCAGCCCGGGACAUUGGGAGCCUGGAGGGAAAGGUUAUCUUGGUCACGGGUGGUAACGCUGGCUUAGGCAAACAAACUAUCGCAUACCUCGCCGCCCACAACCCUAAGCGCAUAUACCUCACCGCCCGUACCGAAUCCAAAGCCCGUGAUGCUAUCACCGACAUCAAGAACAGCGUGCCAAAUGCCUGCGAGAUCGUACAUCUACCGCUCGACCUGACAUCCUUCUCUUCCAUCGCCGACGCAGCAUCGUCAUUUAAGAGUCAAGAAUCGCGACUCGAUAUACUGAUCAACAAUGCUGGUAUUAUGGCGUCCCCAUAUAGCACAACCAAGGAGGGUUACGAGAUACAAUUCGGCACGAAUCACAUGGGCCACGCGCUGCUCACGAAGCUCCUCAUCCCGACCAUGCUAGACACCGCCAAACAACCCGGUGCUGAUGUCAGGAUCGUGAAUCUAAGCAGUAUGGGCGAACGUCUCGCCGUAUCAAAUGGCAUUGAGUUCGACCAACAAGCGCUCGAGAAGGAAAACACUUGGCGUCGCUAUGGCGCCUCGAAACUAGCGAACAUUCUCUUCGCCCGCUCCCUCGCACUUGAAUACCCUACGAUAACAUCUGUCUCCUUACACCCAGGUGUCAUCCUAACAGAUCUUUUCAACAACCUCCGCUCAAACAUAUUCUUGAAGGUCGGACUUUGGAUAUAUGGACUCGUGGGCAUGAUACUGCCGGGUCAUUACCAGGGCCCUGAAGGUGGCGCGUUGAACACGACGUGGUGUGCCACGACUGCGAAGGACCAUUUGGAGAAUGGCGCAUUCUACAUGCCUGUGGGCAAGAAGGGUUCGGGAAGUGGAUACGCGAGGGAUGAGGGAUUGAGGAAGAAGUUGUGGGAGUGGACUGAGGAGGAGUUGAAGAAACAUGGGUAUUAA